ACUUUUAUUAAGUUGUAUUGUUUUAUUGACAAUGCAUGCAUCAUAUCUUUUGACUUUGAAGGCUAUCUCAUGUCCAAGGAAUUAAAUUAUGUUGUGGAGGAUUUAGCUGGAACACCUCGGGUGUUGGCUGAGGGUGGUGAAAUGCCUACUAAGACAUGAAGAAUUUGGCCACUAGUUUCAUCCUUGGGAACCUGGUGUUGGCCUUCUAUCUACCUUUGGUGGUGACUUUACCUAAAACACUGGCCAUUCCUGAGAAACUGCAAGAAGCUGUGGGGAAAGUUAUUGUCAAUGCCACAACCUGUUCUGUCACCUGUGGCCUUGGCUAUAAGGAGGAGACCGUCUGUGAGGUGGGCCCUGAUGGAGUGAGAAGAAAGUGUAAGUCUCAGCGCUUGGAAUGUCUGACCAACUGGAUCUGUGGAAUGCUCCAUUUCACCGUUCUCAUAGGGCAGGAAUUUAAGCUGAGCUGUCUGAGUUCAGACAUCCUGGAGAUUGGACAGGAAGCUUUCCGAUUCACCUGGAGACUUGCUCGGGGUAUCAUCUCAACUGAUGAUGAAGUCUUCAAACCCUUCCGAGCCAGUUCCCACUUUAUAAAGUUUCAGUCCGCUCAGGAGUAUGACUCUGGGACCUACCGGUGUGACGUGCAGCUGUUAAAAAACUUGAGACUUGUCAAGAGGCUCUAUUUUGGGCUGAGGGUCCUUCCUCCUAACUUGGUGAACCUGAAUUUCCAUCAGUCCCUUACUGAGGAUCAGAAGUUAGUAGAUGAGGGCCUGGAAGUGAAUCUGGACAACUACUCCAGGCCUCAGCGCCCACCGUGGAAAAAGAAGGUGACCAUAGCUGUGGGAAUAGGAAUUGCCAGUGGUGUGUUGGUGAGCAUCGCCCUGUGCGGUGGGCUGAGGGUGAUCCACAGCAGUGCCAGCCUUGAGACCUUACAAACCUUGCUGCCGAAGGGCUGGCUGCUCAGGAAGCCAAACUAGCUUUUCAGGGGAGUGUUCUGGCUGCCUGAUUGUGGAUUAACUAAGAGGCAGGCUUCCACUACCAAAGGAGUGAGUGGGGGUUGUGAUGCGGGGCAACAUCGUGGUAGCUGUGGGCAAUAUUCUCUAACUCUGUGUCCCAGAUGGAUCUCUUCCAGAUCUUCCCUGCCCACUAGGUACCCAGGAAACCUGACUGCAGGUAUCUCCCUGCUCCUGGGAAGAGUUCUGUCCUCCAAGUUUACAUUUAUUUUCUACCCUUUACAACUUGUAUGCCUCCCUACCUUGAUCUCCCUUCUGAGCAGUAUAAUCAUGUAGAAGGAUAUAAUAGCUUUUCUAGUAAAAGUGUUUUUUUUCCUCUUCAAUAAAAACCAUUCCCAGGUGCUGUAUGGAGACCUAACCUUUUCUGCCCUUUAGUUUAAAAUUUCUUGCAGUUGUUUAAAUUGUCCCAUAAUCAGUCUGGUUUUGGGUUAAACUCACACACCAGCGUUUUUAGAAUAGACAUUGAACAUAUCGCUUUGUAGGGGGCAUAUGCCCAUUUGUGGCAGAGCCGAGGGUGUUAGUAAUGACUUCCGACUCAGGUAUGUAAGAGACAGUCACUAAAUGUUAAUAAAUUAUUUGCACCCCUUAUACCUCCCAGGUGAAGCCUUUGUGCUCAGUGCUAAGUUGAAUUCCUGGUGAAACACUGGAUUCUUCAGCUGGUAGAUUGCCCCUGAACAGUUCCUAGGCUUGCUCCGUGCUCCUGUCCUUCUAGCUCUUUGAGUGCCCUGAAGCUUGUGUUGCUGGAUGUUUCUUACAGCAGCCAAGGCCCCCUAACGGAGGACUAGUACCUUCCUUCCUCAACAGGAAAUCCAAUCUUAAGACCUUCAGAGGCCAUUCAGACUGUGUCUGAGAUAAUUGGCUUGGCUUGUGGAACUAUCAGGGAAAUUGCUCUUGGGCCGCCAGCUGAGCUAAUUCUAUAUGAGAGAAUUAGCAUUUCUUCCCCUCACUUUUUUCUCAGCACAGAGGAAGUAGCAGAAACAAGACUUGGACCAGUGGUUAUCUUCUCUGGCCGUGUGUCUGAAUCACCCGAAUGAGCUUUUGAAAAAUAAGAUUCCUGAGCCCUAACUUGAGGAUGCUAAUUCAAUUUAAAUUAUGACCAAUGGAUCUCUGUUAUUUCUUCUAUUUUAAAUUAAAA